AUAUUAUAAUACCUUUUGCUUUAGUUUUCCUUGCAAGAAAUAAACAAAACACAUCUAAACUAAACCUAACCUCGCUUUUGGCCAAUCAUUCAUCUCCGUGUCAAAUAAUUUCGACAGUCGAAAUUAUAAUAUCAACACCCUUUUUAAAGUCGCUAUUAAUUUCGAUAGUCGCUAUUUCAUGACGUCACUUCGUUAGUUCAACUAAAAUCCACAAGGCUCGCACAAUCGCAUUUCAACCGUCGCCAUAUUGAAAGCGACUUGUUUAGUGUCGAAAUUUGAUUUAGAAUCAGGCCCCAGGGGCCACGUCUAGUAAAUCAAAAAACACAAGGUUAAAGCACAAAACAUGCACAAACAAACAAAGCUGUUUGAGUUUGACAUGUGCUGUGACGGAUGUGACUGCACUGACUGCUCCACCUCCACUGCUCUGCUCCUGCGCUUGCGCUGUGGUUUUAUGGACUAUGGUUGGUUAGUUAAAGCAGUUAAAGCAAGUUUUAUUUUCUUUAAAAAUAUUCUAGGAAUACUGUAUAAAUAGGAAUGAAUUUAAGACUGUGUGUAUAUCUUAAAUCUAACACGAUUAUAAGUUAGAAUCUAACAAAUAAAUAUUUUUAUUUGUCGCGCUAAAUAAGUAAAAUCUAAUGGUGUUUGCUGUUUUGUAAAUUUUGCUAUUUUCCUUUUCUGAACUGAGUAAACGUUUUUGGGAGAUUUUGCCGAAAAUGGAGUUACCAGAUGACUGUGAUGUAGAUAUAACUACGUUCAUAAAUCCCCAUUUAUUUUGGGUGGUAGUUAAGAACAAAACAAGGAAACCACUGUUAGCCUAUAUGGAUGGUGAAAUCCAACAGUCCCUUACAGAAAUUAAAAAUUAUUCUGAUUUGGAUCUCGGAGAGAUGGUGGUGGCUGUGGUAGAUGAUUUUGCUUAUAGAGCUGUUAUUGAACACAUAGAUGAAAGGGAUAAGCCAUCAUAUCUUGUAUGGCUUAUUGACUACGGAACAAUGAAGGAAAUUGAAAAGGUGUAUGAGAUACCUGCAUCUCUAAGCAAAUUUCGGCACUUGUCUUUUCAGGCUUGUUUGAAUAACGCAGUCUGCAUGGAACAGUUUCUGGAUUACAAUGAAGUCGGUGAGGUUUACAAUGUUAAAAAACCAGUGAAGAAUCCUACAACACUCGUCACCAAAGAAUCUCUGAAAAUUCUAUCUGAAGGACAUAGUUUUAAAUUUAAAUUGGAAGAUAGACAAAGAGAUGUAGCCUUAGGAGAUCUUGUUUUUAGAGAUAAUCUUAACAAAGAGGUAUCUCUUAGAGACAGUUUGGUAAAAGCAGGUGUUUUAGAUGUUGACCAAAAUCUGUUUAGGGUUUUAGGUAUAAUGGAUUUUAUAAGCAACUACAAAUCAAGCUGGCUAACACUUAUUGCUAAAACAUGUAAAGAAAAUCCAUAUCCAAAGAUUUUGGUUGGGAAAUGGGUUGGGAAGAAGCUUGGAGAAGUUUCGGAAGAAUUUGAAAAAAGGGAUGAACCCCUGAGAUUACACUAUAGGAACAAAAACAAUGUGACUGAUCCAGAUGAGGAAGGAGAUGCUGCAAGUGAAUUACAAGAGUCUUCUGAUGCAUUAGAUUACCAGAGUGUUUCAAAUGAAAGUACUUAUAAUACUGACUAUAAAGAAAAUUCAUCAGUUGUUUUUCCUAAAAGUAAUAUUAACAGAGCCAAAAAUCAAAAAACGAAGAAAUCGGAUGAGAACAUCGUAAUUCUACCUGCUGGUUCCGAAAGAAGUUUAGGAAUGUAUCAGUUGUCAUCAGAAAAACCAACAAUUUCAAGUCGAAAGUCUGGAACUUAUCGCAAAAGUCAACUUGGAAAUGAUUCGUUUAGUCCUCAGGAAACAAGAAAAACAUCAAAAGCAGAGCAAUACAGAGGCUUUCCUGAAGUCCUUUCAGAUAGUUCUUUGAGUUCUGGUGAAAGUUCUUCUAAAAGCUCUGCCCAAGAGGAUGUUAGAGAUCCAACGUUACAAGAGCUCAAAAAGAAUAUUAAGGGGGGAACCAAACUUCAAGAAGAAAAUCCAACACUAAUAACAUCUAAAGAGCGAUCAAGCCUUUUAUCAAAUACUUCUUUGAGUUCUGCAAAUAGUUCCUUCCAAGAAAAUAAAAUAGAAGAGGUAUUAGGAUCAACUGAGACUUCUUUGCAAGCAAAUCGUACAAAUCCAAUAUUACAAAAGAUCCAAAAGUAUAUAAAAGGUCAGAACAAAACCACAGAAGAAAGUGCAACACCUGAAACAUCUAAAGAUCAUUCCAGUAACUAUUCAAACCUUGCACUUAGCUCUACAAAUAAUAGUUUUCAAGAAAAUGAGGUUGAAAAGGGAUUCAGCUCUACCGAGGGUUCUGCCCAAAAAAAUAUUCCAGAUCCACGACUUCAAACGAUCCAAAAGUUUUUCAAAAGGGGAAAGGACACUACUGAAGGAAACGAAACACUAGAGGCAUCUGAAGAUCGUCUGAAUAUUUCACUUAGUUCUGCAGAUAAUUCGUUACAAGAAAAUGAGAAUGAAAAGGGUGGCAGGUCUACUGAGCAUUCCUCAUCCCAGAAUGAAGAUCCAAAAUUACAAAUAAUUUAUAAAUAUAUAAAAAAGCCCCAACAAAUCAAGGAGGGAAGUACAGCACCAGAGACAUCUAAAGAUGUUGAAGAUAGAUCCCAGUCUACUGAGAGUUCUGUUCAAGAAAAUCUUACAGACCCACGAGUUCAAAAGUUUAUAAAGCGAGGAAAGCAAAGUAUAGAAGAAAACACAACAUUAGACACAUCUAAAGAUCAUCUGAAUGUUUCACUUAGUUCUGCAGAUAAUUCGUUACAAGAAAAUGAGAAUGAAAAGGGUGACAGGUCUACUGAGCCUUCCUCACCCCAGAGUGAAGAUCCAAAAUUAAAAAUACUCCUUAAAUGUUUUAAAGGUCAUCAACAAAUCAAGGAAGGAAGUACAACACCAGAGACAUCUAAACAUGUUGAAGAAGAAUUCAAGUCUACUGAGAAAUCUGUCCAAGAAAAUGUUAUAGACUCACGACUUCAAAAGUUCAUAAAGCGGGGAAAGGAAGGCACAGAAGAAAACACAACAUUAGACACAUCUAAAGAUCAUCUGAAUGUUUCACUUAGUUCUGCAGAUAAUUCGUUACAAGAAAAUGAGAAUGAAAAGGGUGACAGGUCUACUGAGCCUUCCUCACCCCAGAGUGAAGAUCCAAAAUUAAAAAUACUCCUUAAAUAUUUUAAAGGUCGUCACCAAAUCAAGGGAGGAAGUACAACACCAGAGACAUCUAAACAUGCUGAAGAGGAAUUCAAGUCUACUGAGAGUUCUGUCCAAGCAAAUCUUAUAGACCCACGACUUCAAAAGUUCAUAAAGCGGGGAAAGGAAAGCACAGAAGAAAACACAACACUAGACACAUCUAAAGGUAGUUUUGGUAAUCUCUCAAAUAAUUCUCUUAGUUCGGUAGAUUGUUCUUUUGAAAAACGACUCAAUUCUACUGAAAUUUCUCACCAAGAAAAUCCUGUAGACCCACGAAUUCAAAAGUUUAUAAGUAGAAAAAAGGAAAGCAAUGAAGAGACACUAGACAUAUCUAAAGAACUUUCAGGUCGUGUUUCGAAUAUUUCUCUUAAUACUGCAGAUAGUUCUUUGCGGGGAAAUGAGAUAAGAGAGGAACUGAGUUCGACCGAUACUUCUUUCCAAGAAAAUCCUAUAGACACACGACUGCAAAAGCUCCUAAAGGGGAAGUUAAAACGUUCAGAAAAAGAAAAGGCAACACUAUCGAACAUUUCCCUUAGUUCUGCAGACAGUUCUUUCCAGGAAAAUGCAUCUAAAUAUCGACUCAGUCAUUUUUCAAACAAUUCUCUUAGUUCUGCAGAUAGUUCGUCCCGAGAAGACCAUAAAAUUAUACCAAUUAGGUCAAGAAAAGAAAAUACGAAGAGUAAAGACAAUACUCAAGAAUCAACAGUUUCUGAUUGCCAAUCUGAAGGAAAUUCUGCAGAAGAGAGUUGUUUGGAUACCAACAAGCCUUCAUCGCUAGAAGGAACUUCAUCCUCCGAUCUUACAAAGAAUGUACACACUCUGAAGAUCAAACCGUAUUGUGAAUGCAAGCAGUGUAUAAUUUGGACCAAAGAUGAAAACGUCUUCGUCGAAAAUUUCGGUACUUGUCGCAAAGUUGCUAGAUUGGAGGGAGUUAAACCUCAAUUUCUGUUCAAAGAGGAGGGAAAUGAAGCACGUGACAUUGAAAUAUGUGCUAUUGAAUAUGGUUCAAUGAGAAGGAUUGAAAAACGCGCAAUGUUAAAGCUGUUAGUACACAGCGAAAGUGUAGUGCAUCCUAUCAAGCAACUCGCCAAAAUUGCUUUCCACAAAGACAUACAUUCUAAUCUCACUCGGCUCCAAUACACAGAGGCCAGAAGGAUUCAAUCCUAUGUUUGGCCGGCCAUUCUUCGCAACCAUCACGUCUUUAUGAUCAGCGGUCCGCAAACGGGCAAGACGAUGGCCUAUUUGCCGGCAAUGUUAACGUUUAUCUUGGAGAAGCACGAACGGUAUCGUUCUUUGAACAAGGUAGCUGGAGGACCUCUCGUGAUUAUUCUUUGCGGAAGUACCAAGAAAUGUGACGAAAUACGAGAUUUAGUUAGAGUUAUAUUAGGGCAUCAACGAGCAAAUAUUACUGUGGGAUCUUACCCGCAUAACCAAAUUAAUACAAGUCGCACCGAUAUGUUAAUCACCACCCCGCUCAUUCUAGUAGCAUUGAUCAAGAACAAGAGCGUCAAUUUCAAGCGUCUGUGUCACUUAAUCAUUGAAGACGGGGAUGAUAUACUAAACAAACAUAAAGCCAUUAUGAGCGACAUCUUUGAAAUGGCGCAGUCGAUGCUGAAAAAUAGAGUAUUUACCAAGGCAUUGCAGUUAAUAGUCUGUGCCGAACAGUGGGAUUCUGAACUGAAGCAUCUGAUCAAGAGCUUACAGCAAGUGCCUAUGGUAUGUGUUGGGAGUUAUUUGGAGGCAGCUCUUUAUGGACAGGUGGAGUUUUCGAUGAAGUUUACUAAUUUAGCUCGUAAAGAUAUUGAAUUAAAACGUAUGUUAAAAGACACACAUAAAAUUUACAGAUCCAUUGUUCUCUGUAACGAUGAAGAAAUUAAGACUAUAGAAUCGAUGUUUAUGUUCAAUGGAAUAGAAUGUACUGCCAUUUAUGAAAGUUUAUCCAAUGACGAUAUUAUGCUGUUAGAAGAUAACUGGACGAAUGCCAAAGGAGGAAAUUUCUCAGUUUUGGUGUGCAGCGACUAUAUCCUCAACUCAUUUCUGAGCGUUACGUGUGCUCAUGUAUUAAUACAUUAUUCUCUUCCAACGACCUGGACGAAGUUUGUGAAACGGUAUAAAUGUCUCCUGGAGAGUUGCCGGAGUCCUUUAGAAACUAAAGAGAUGAAAAUUUCGACGAAAAGUGUAGUUAUAUGUGACGAAAGUUGUACAGAUCAGAUGCCUAGAUUCUUCAGAUAUAUCAAUUCAUCAGAAUUGAAGAAACAGCUACCGAAAAAUGUACAAGAACUUUCUGAGAGCUUGCGUGACGAAGAAGAACAAUCGAAGCUGAAGCAUGAGAUCCCUUUGUGCACAGAUUUGAAGCUUUUUGGAAGAUGUAUCAAGGAUCUUUGCUCCAGACGGCAUAUGUUAAGCUCCAUAUCGGACGUGUCCGACAGAUUGCCCAAAUCGGGAAAGAUUAAAUUCAAAAUUGUAAAUAUCCUAGAUGUAGCAUUGUAUUCGAUAAAGAUACUUCAACACGUUGACUUGGAUAAUAAACUUGUGCAAUACGAUCCCCCAGACGACGUUACGGCGGAUCUUAACGCUACGUUAAGGUUAGGAAAGAAAGCAAUGCAGAAACCUAAAUUGGGACAUCACUACAUUUUCUACAACCCGGAUGACGAGGAAUGUAAAUAUAGCAGGUGUGAAUUGAUGGAGAUAUUGAAAGAAAAUAUGGUUAACAUCAAAUUGUUGGAUACUGGGGUUGUUCUUAACACAAUGUUAACUCGCUUAUACAAGCUACCCAAGGAGUUCCGCUGCAAUGUAAGACCUAGAGCAGUGACUUACGCGUAUUUGGCAAACUCUAUUCCCCCCUUUCAAGACGAAAGCUUUUCAUCUAGAUCAUUAUUUAAACUGAUGGAACUUAUGGAUCCCAAAGACUAUAAAAAUCUGGUUUUCACCGGAGAAGUCCAUUUGCAGUUAGACCAAACAUUGUGGCUGAAGGACGUAUAUGAGGAAGUUGUUCUUAAUGACACUAUUAUACCGGGACUCCAACUGUCAAGAGAAGUUAUACAGCGGAAACUGGUGGAGUAUUAUCCAGAUCAAUUGGUCAGCUUAUACAAGCUUUGUAUAGAUGCCGGUAUAAUUCUUCCAAAAUACGUGAAGGAAAGAGUUGCUGUGUCUGCGAAGAAGCAAGAGGUCAAGAAGCGGUGGGCGUUCCUGGAUAGGGAUAAAGUCAACGAGGUCACGUUUACAGCUGCUUUUUCACCUAACGAGAUCUUUGUUCGACUGAAUAAAUAUAGCGAUUUGUUAUAUCAUUUGCAAACCGAUAUCCAACAAAGUUUAAAAAAACCGAACUACCCGAAACUCAAAGAAAUCAACGUCGGAGGCGUUUACCUAGCCAAAGAUCCUGAAGGAAUUGAGUAUGGUCGCGUGAUUGUCCUCAAGAAGGAAGCGGAUAAAGCACUAUGCUUUUACGUAGAUUUCGGCGACGAGUCUGUUAUUCCUAUAGAAGAAUUGAAGUAUAUCCAAGAAGUAUUCGUCACCAAACUUCCAUUCCAGUGCAUCCAGUGUCGUUUGUAUGGAAUAAACCUCUUAGGAGACACUUGGGACGAAGAAGUGAUCAAUGCUUUGUACAGCUACGCCUUCGAGCCAGGCACUGAUAUCUUCAGAUCUCUGUUUGUACAGGUUUACGAAAAGGAAAACUGCGAUUCGCUUACUCCAGUGAAGUAUGCCGUCGUUUUCAAAGAUGGAUUUGGAGACAAAAAUGUUCUAGUUAAUAAAUUACUGAUUGAUUGUGGUAUGGUACUUGAAAACCCCCAGGAAAAAUUCAGUGAUUUUGAAAUUCCUGUAAUUGAAGUUGAAUCGCUAGAGUCCGACGAAGAACUGGAUACAAUGGCGUAUAUCUGUAACAAAACCGAUGAGCUGCAACAACAUUUGGAUGAGGCCGCACCUGGAACAAGCAGAAGAGAAGGACAGGAUGAGUUUGCUUAUGACUCAGAUGAAAUGGAUUUGGUCGUGUAUGGUGAUUUAGAUGACUUUAUGAGAGAGCUUAUAUUGGGACCAAAACCACCACAACCUGCUUUAACAGGAAACAACGAACUACCAGCCAUUACUGCCGUCCCGGCUGUGGAUUAUCUUACACCAGAAGUGUAUUGGUACCAAACAGAUACGACAGUGACGUUGAGAAUCAAACUUAUAGACUGUGAUAAUUAUAAAAUAUCGCUGAAAAUGAGAAAUAUGUUCAAUUUUAGUACAACCCAAGGCGACAAAACGUACUCCCUUAAAAUAAUGUUCUUCGAUUAUGUCCACAAAAUGGAGCACAUUUCUACAGGUCCAGAAAUAAAGGUGACUUUGACGAAAUAUAACAAGCUCGAUUGGCCCAGGUUGAUUAUGUCGCAGCAGAAGACUAGGAAUAUACACUACGAUAUCAAUAAGGUAGCUAUAGAUGACGACGAUGAUAAACCUAAGAAAAUUCUUGAAUUUCCCAAAGAAUUCGACGAAAUGUUGGAUGAUUUGAACGAAAAUGACCCUAUGUAUGUUGAAUAUUCCGAUUUGGAUAGUGAUAUGGACCUUGAAAUUGAAAAUGAGUCUGAUUGAAUCUGUUUCAAAUAUGUCGUUAAAAUAUUUGGAUCAGAUAUACUUUUUGUAGGUUAUGUUAGGUUAGAUUCGCUUUUUUUAAUUUUGACACACUAUUAAACUUCCAAGUUGUUAUUACAUUCAUAACUACUUAUAUUACUGUAUUGAAUAUCGUUCAGAUAUUUAAAUAGUAGCUCUUGUAGGAGGAGGCAUAUUGACUAGAUCGUUUUAUCCGAUCUAUACUUGUAGGUUACGUUAGGUUAAGUUUCCUUUUUUAAUUGAGACACACUUCAUUAAAUGUUUAAGUUCUUCUAAUAUUAAGAACUGAUUUUAAAGUAUAUUUUUUGUUAAAUAUAUAUUUUUUUAUCUUCGAUCUGUGAUAAAUCAAAAUGCAAGGUUAGGAUACUAUGUCCUUUUUAUAUCUACCAUUUUUCCCUAUUGAUCCCAAAUGAAAUAGGAUUAUUUCUUUUACGAAGAAUAACCUAUGUAUUAAGUUUCAAUAUUCUAGAGUUUUUCCUUCAAGAGUUAUUUAUCCAGACGGACAAACAAAUUGACAGCCAGACGACACGAUUUUAGAAAAGGCCUUGUUUUUUACUAAAUAAAAUACACUAUUCCAAUAGUAAUAUGUUCAUUUAUUAGAAUUUAAACAAUAUAUGUCCUUAUUAUUUACAAAUACUGACGUGGUUCUGAAGUACCAGCUUCGGCCUAACUUAAUUUUUGAAAAAAAAACUGACUGUAAAAAGCUUUACGUUUGACACCUAAUCUGACACAUCGUCUGUUUGUGUCGUAAUGUUACUAUAUCGUCAUUGUACUUAGCAUUCGCAGUGUAACUAUAGGCGCGUUCCAAGUGACAUGAAAACCGUCCUUCGUACUGCCCUCGUCAUGCGCAUUAUAAAAAAUGCGUUCCAAGCGAACAUGAACGAUGAUUCGUAUCGUACACUGUGUUGUUCCAAGCGAUCCAUUACCGUUUCGAAAUCGGUAAUUGAACGGUCCUUUUGAAACAUGCCUUCAAGCAGAAACUAUUUGUACUGACUUGCGCAGUUAGGAUUAUUUUCAUUUUUACUGGUCACUGCUAUGAGAUCAGCUGAUGAUUCAACAAUAGAAUAAUCCACAAUUUACGCUAUUAGUACCUGUUAAUCUUGAUUUACGUUUAAAUAAUUAUUAAUUCUUUUUUUUUCAAAUUAAUCUUAAAAAUAUGGAUAAUUUAUUAUUUUUCAUAGAAGACAGCGAUUUUAUGUCAGAUAUCGAUUCUGAGCAAGAUUUUGAGUUGAAGUGAUGUUUAAUGAACAUGUUAAAAAUAUUAAUUUCUAACCAUCUAGCAAACUACUAGUGAUACUGUGGUACUCGUACUGAAAAUGGCUCAGGCGCAACUCGAACUUGAAAUGGUACACAAAUACAUUCCAAGAGGGUUACGUACCGGUAAUCGGUUCGAGAUCGAAAGAAAACCGUUCAAGGGCGAUUCCGCGCAUUAAAACAGUCCAAUCGAUUUCGUGACAAUUUCGUGAUUUCAAGGGAUCUUACAAAUGUGUCGUUUUGAAACGAACCUUAUGAAACGAAAAACAAACCGGAGCUACAGGAGCGCGUGUUAACAUCAUUGUUAAAAAACUACACUGCGGUGCAAAAAAAUCGAUCCACUAAAAAUUUGGUAAUUUUUGUUUCGAAUUUUCUAACGUUGUCCGAUUUAAGUGAUUGUUUACCACGUUAUAGCCUUAUUCAUUGACAAUAUCGCUGUGAUAAUAUUGUUGCUAGACAGUCAAACUGUCAUUAUAUAUACCGGGUGUACGAAUCAAACUGUGUUUUUUUCUCAAAGUUCGCAUCAUCUUGUGGAUUAUUCUAGCAUUUGUAAAAUACUGAAAUUAAAACCCAACUAUAACCUCAGGUUUUCUUAACAUUUUGUCUUUCGAUUCAUUCACUUAUGUUGGAUAAUCAAAAAGUUAGGUACUUUAACAACUGUCCAUGUUCGUCAUCAGUACAGGGUGUUUCUAAAAUAUUUGCGCAAAACUUUAAGGGGUUAUUGUACAUGAGAAAAUAAUGACAAUUUGCUUUAUAAUCAUAUGUCCGCAAACGCUUCGUUUCUGAGAUACGGGAUGUAAAUUUUUUUUUUACAAACUGACGAUUUAUUUAUUGCUUUAAAACCAGUUGAUAUAUGCAAAUCAAAUUUGGUGGGUUGUACAAUUAAGAAUUUAAUAUUCACCAUUGGCGCGCAAACGAGUAUUAUGACCGAUAAUAUUACCCAUACGCACGCCAAUGGUGAAUAUACAAUUUUUAAAUUUAUGUUAAAAAAUGCGCAAUAACUACGUCUUAAAACCCAAAAAAUUGCAUUUGCAUAUCUUAACACGUUUCAAAGCAAUAAAUAAAUUGUCAGUUUGUAAAAAAAAUUGAACAUUCCGUAUCUCGGAAACGAAGCGUUUGCGGACAUAUAUGAUUAUAAAGCAAAUUGUCAUUAUUUUCUCAUAUAAAAUUACCUCUUAAAAUUUGUCGCACUUAUUUAGAAAACACCCUGUACUGAUGACGAACACGGCCAGUUGUUAAAGUAUCUAACUUUUUUAUUAUCCAACAUAAGCGAAUGAAUCGAAAGACAAAAUGUUAAGAAAACCUGAGGCUAUAGUUUGGUUUUAAUUUCAGUAUUUUAUAAAUGAUAGAAUAAUCCACAGGGUGAUGCGAACUUUGAGAAAAAAGCACAGUUUGAUUCGUACACCUGGUAUACAAUGACAGUUUGACUGUCUAGCAACAAUAUUAUUACAGCGAUAUUGUUAAUGAAUAAGGCUAUAACGUGGUAAAAAAACGCUUAAAUCGAACAACAGGUUUAGGAAAUUCGAAACAUCAAAAAUGACCAAAUUUUUAGUGGAUCGAUUUUUUUGCACCGCAGUGUAUUUAAAAAAAAAUGUGCAAAUCUAAUAUUUUCACUAAAAAAAUCAUAUUUAUACCUGGUUUAGCUAAAUUUGCUUCGAGACCUAAUAAAUAAAUAUUUGAACAUGCGAGUAUUUUUAGAGAUGCGUGAUGAAAAGUCUGCUUAGAGAUGGAAAACUAAACGAUACAUUGACAAAAAUAAAUGUUUUUAUUUUUUUAACACAAAAUUCCUGAUUACGAUCUGUCUAGAUUCUACUUGUUGAUGUUGACACUGGUGUCACUGACAGUUGGUGCCAACACUUAACACAUAAAAAUUUAAAAUUUAGAAUUGUAAUACGAACACCCUUCUACAAUUCUAUAUGGCGUAACUACAAAACUAUUAUGGUCGUUUUCACAGGCAUUUUUAGUGCAUCACAAGUGAGAGAAAAAAGGUAAGUCCGUGAUAAUACACAUUUAUAACAUGACAUUUUAGUUAAAUCUGACAGUGACAGUUGUCAGAAUCGUAAUCAGCCAAAUAUGAAAAGGGUAUUGCAGUAUAACCCUUUUAUUUGCAAUUUGGUAUAAAAGCAAAUCAAUUGUGUUUAUUGCAUAUAUAAAAUGGUACUUUCUUUGAUUUGUAUAGUCUUAUAAAUUGUACAGAUUAUAGUCGUAUUAUAUAAUUCGUUAAUCAUUUUUUGUUCGAUUAUAGCGCCAUCUAUCAACAGCUAGAAUAAAUGUUAGAAAUGACUGUAAUCACGGAAGUCAGUACGUUUUUUUCUGUCACUUUAAACUUAAUGCGUUAGAAUGAAAUCGAAAAACUGUGACGCACUGAAAAGUGCAUAUGAGAAAGAGAUUACAACUCAACAACAUUUAAAAGCUCCCUAAAAUAGGUGAAUUUAGUGUUUGACAAUGAUUUUGUAAAAAUAGCGGUUUGUUGCUGACCAGACUGUACAUACUCUAAAGUACAGUUGAGUCCAGAGUUCUUUACCCGUGCUUCAUCAUCUAACUAAAGCAUACAAAAUAAGUCGGAAAUUUACUAAACGCAACAGCAAGUGACAGAAAGUGGCUACUGUUCCGAUCGCAGGUGAUAUUAUAAAAUUUUACAUUUUCAAAUAAAUAGAAUGUCAAAUGUAAGUUUUGCUUUGAAAUUUUGAUGCAGAAUUACACUUCAUUUGAAGCAGCUUACUAAAUUAUUUAAUAUCAUUAGUGAUUAAUAAACAAUUUAUAACAAAAUUAUAAUAAAAUAUUUUCUUUUUGUCAUUUUAUUCACUUUGGCAGAAACUUAAAUAACACAACCAUUCCUUAACUGUGUGAAUGAGGUUAGCCUUGUAGUAAAAAUUAAUGGCAAAAACAUACACUUACCAUAAAAUUUCAAACUCCAAUAUAAAAUUAAUUGUGAAAACGACUGUUUGUGCGAUAUAAAAAACUUCAAGAUGCAAUAAUUCGACAAAAAAACAGCAAAAAAUUCAACAGACUGACAGUCACAAAAGUAAAUAAACAAGAAACGUCACAAAUUGUACUUAAAAUCCUGAAAACAUCCCCAACCUUUUUUUUGUACCUAACUCUUUUCGAUGUACUGAGUCUAGAGCGCUUAUAAAAAUAACAUGUGUUUUUACUUAAUAACAAGCGGUAUCUGGAUUGUCUUUAGUUUCAUGCGUGGAAGAGAAUGCUGCUAUAUAAAACGUGUGUGUUUUAUCUCGCCAGGUAUUAAUGACGCACGGGUAAAGAAUCGUGGACUCGAGUGUAAUAAGUUCCUUUUCCAAACAAUCUCUAAUAAAAUUAUGUCUAACAUCAAUAUGUUUGGUUCUUUUUGAUUCCAAUGUAGAAGCUCUCAUACAUGAUUGGUUAUCUUUAUAUACAUGUACAUUAUAGAAAGUUUUAAAAAUCUCUUUCAACAUCUGACUAAAGUACAUACUUUUAGUAACACAUGAAGAUAAUGCCAUAUAUUCGGCUUCUUCAUGAUUUCCUUACAUUAUGUUGCCUUGUUUAUCUUUGAAUACAAUUUGAAGAUCUGCUUAUGACAAUUAUGCGAUAUAUUAUAGCCUUGAGUGCUGUUUUAACUUAUGUCAGUAAAUAACUGACAAUGAAUAUGCAUAAUCACGUGUUGACAUGACAAUAGAUAGUUAUUGCAAACGUAUUUUACGUCGUCCUGUAAUAAAAAGAUCCUUUAUUUUUACAUAUACGCAUGCGCAGUAUUGCGUCCUUUAUUUUUAUCCUGUAAUAAAAUACAGGCCGCCUGUAUUUAAGAAAAAUAGAGGACAAAGAUGUUUUAUUAAAAGAUCCCUUAUUUUAACGUAACAUGACAAAUUUGUCAAAUUAUGGGAAGAAAAGCAUCUAACUUCACUUGUAUUUAUCACAUCUUUGGAUAUUUGAUCAAAGUUGUAUGUUCUGUUUUAUUUAUUAAAAAGAACUCAAAUAAAAGUUUAUUCUCAGAUAUAAAUUUAUUAAUGUUUUGACACAAACAGAUAUAUAAAAAUAACAUUUUAUUGAAGCUUGAAUUAUUAUAAACAUUUUGUAAAUAAUUUUAAAGUGUUUAAUGAUUACACUGAUCAGGCAUAUAAUAUCUUUAUAACUCAUUUAUUCAAUUUGAUAUAUUUGACAUUUUUGUAUAGAAAUAAGUAUUUUUAUUAAAUAUUUGAAUUCAAAAUAUGCUUUAGUCAUUGUGGAAAAGUUUAGGAUUUGUUAAAAUUCUGAAUUCAAAAGUAGAGUUCAAUUCAACAGAUAUAUAACAUAAAUGGUUUAACAAUAUAGACAGUUUAACACAAUAAAACAAAGGUUUGAGUAUUAUUUAUUUUUGAAGUUUGAAUCCUUUAUAGAUUAGAAUCUAUCAAGUUUUUAAUCAAAAGUAUGUUUGUGUCAUCAGCAUUUGUUUGUUUAAACAUACUGUCAACAAAUUAAUAAAAAACACCAUAAAGUUAAUUCUCCUAUUAUUGUUGACAUUUAAAACAAUUUGUUUGUUCAUAUAUUUUUGCUAGUUGAGGAACUCCUUUUAAUGGAAUGUGAUUUAACAUAUUAAACGAUACUUAAAAUGAAAUACUAAUUUCAUGUAUGUACCCACUUAUAAAUUUAUUAAAGAACUGCUAAUAAUAAUAAAAUACUUAAAAUCAGUCACCAAUAUAAUAUAUUAUUUAUAAAUUUAUUAACAAACUGCAGUUCAAUAAGAAUAAAAUUAUCAACAUUAACUAUUUAAGCUUGCCUUAAAUUGGUAAUAUUUUAAAACACACACACACACACACAAAAUUUAGUUGCACUAGAUUUGUUCUUGAUUGAAAAUGUACUACCACAGCUUCUAUCAAUACCUACAGCACCCUCAUUUGCAAGUAUUUCAAUGUUUUCUCUAUUAACUACUGCAAAUUAUGUAAAAUUUAAAAAGAUGAUAAUAGGUUUGUUCUAGCAAAUAGUCAAACUAGUCACAAACCGUCAGCAAACAGUUGGUCAGUGAGAAAACAUAAUACAGUCACCAGUGGUAUCCCCUCUACUCGCGCUGGUCCACUAUUCGCUGAUGGUUUCAAACCGUUUGAAACUGAUGCUAGAACAAACCUAUUAUUCUUUGAACAAAAGAUAACUUGAAUCUCAUUCCACACGUUAAUCAAAUCUCUUCAAAAUACCAAAUGUUUUUUCAAUGACAAUUCUUGAAGCAAUUUGUGAUUGAUUAUACAGCAUUUAAAUUGCUGUCUAAAGAUUCUACAAUAAUACUUUGUCCAUAAUAAGUUCCCCACAUUUUAUAUGCCCAUAAUAUGCAAAAGUAUUUAACAACUCCUAAAAUAAUAUUUCUAAUUGCACUUCCAUAUUGUACGAUGUGUAUUAUAUUAUGGGUAUUCUUUAAAUGACAAAAUAAUUAAAUUCAACGUUUUACUCUUUUAAUGGUCUUAUUUUAAUUUUUAUCUGAGAUCUUAUUACACGUAAUAAAUAGAAUUUUAUAGGUUAUUUUUAUAUUUACAAAAUAUUGAAUGUCAUUUGUUAAUAUUAAAGAUUUCUUAAAUCUAUGUUUGGAAUUACUCUCUUUUAGACUUGUCCUGUAUUUGUACUUUAUUAAAAGAUCCUGUAACAAAGGAGCCUUUUAGGCCUGGAUCCCGCGUACCAAAAAAGGAACGUUUUCGUAGUCUCACGUUCCAAAUUUUUAACCUGUUCCACAAUUAAAACUUCCCCUGUUCCAGUGUUCCCAUAUAUCAAAGUUUGUCCGACUAGAUACCGUUAAGCUAUUAACAAAUUUUCAUCUUGCUAUUAAUCAACUUUUUUUAGUACGCGGUCUAUUUAUUUAACGGUUGUAAUGUCAACUGAUGCAGUUAACUUACAUCUACAGUCUUUUUACUACAAAAGUACGCUUACAUCAGUCAAAAUUUCUGACGUCAGAGCACUGUCAAAACAUUAGAAUGUGACUUUUCAUCAUGGCCAUGUUUGUGUCGUUAAUUGUCAGAAGUAUUGCGACACGGCAGUAUUGCGAGAAAUAGACAAACAAUUCGAAAUUAUAAACACGACAAAAAUAAGAAAGUUACAAUAUCUAGGACACGUAAUGAUAUGAACUACUAAGACUGAUCAUACAGGGAAAGAUAAGAGGAGGAAGGAGUAUAGGAAAAAGAAGAGUGUCAUGGUUGAAGAAUUUAAGGGACUGGUUUAAGUGCAGUUCAAUAGAACUCUUCAGAGCAGCGGUAGAUGGAGUAAAGAUAGUGAUGAUGAUAUCCAACCCCCGAUUAGGAGACGGCACUUAAAGAAGAAAGGAGAAGUCAGAGGUAUUUUUCUUUGUUUUUGUUUACUGUACAAACAAUAUCUAUAAUUCUUUAUUCUAAUUAAUGAUGUUAAUCUUAAUCGGUUUUCAUUAUAGGCAUACUUGCCGAAAUAUAUUAAUUAACGACAAUAUUAUCACAGUGUAGGUAUAAUCAAUUGAAAUAGAGCAUUUAAUAUUUUAAAUCUACUGCAGCACGCUGUAAUACAUGCCAAAACAUUUCUUCUUCUCUUCUUCUUUUUGUAUAGACAUGACUCUGUCUGUUUUUUCAAUGUGCCUCUAGUAAGUUGUUCCAACGUUUUCGUAAUCUUUCCACUGAUCGUCUUCCUAUUGGGGAACCGUCUCUCGCUGCCCUGACUAUCCUAUUUGUUGUCAUUCGGCUUAUGUGGUCAUUCCAUUCUAUUCUUCUGUUUCUUACCCAGUUAUUAAUGUUAUCCACCUUGCAUCUCCGUCGUAUAUCUGUACUUCUAGCUCUGUCCCACAGAGUCUUACCAUCGAUUUUUCGAAGGGUUUUCAUCUCCGCUGUUUCGAGCAAUCUUUUUGUCCUCUCUGUGUCGUCGUGUUUCUGCCGCGUAUGUCAUUAUUGGUCUGACGACUUUUGUAAAUUCUGCCUUUCAUUUCUUUUCCGAUAUUUUUAUUUCUCCAUAUUGUGUCGUCCAGGCAACCUGCGGCUCUGUUUGCUCUAUUCAUUUGAUCUUCCACUUCUGUUUCGAGCCUUCCGUAGCUAGAUAGUGUGAUGCCUAGGUAUUUAAACUCCAUCACUUGUUCUAUUAUCUGACCUUCCAGCUCCAAUUUAUAUCUUAUUGGAUCUGCUGUUAUAACCAUGCAUUUUGUCUUUUUUGAGGAAAGUAACAUGUUAAGGGCAUGGGUACAUAAUUCGCAAAUAUUUUACGGCUAUCCCUACUUUUUCUAUCUUAACACGGCAAAUUACGUGUAGUAAAAUUUUCACUGGUAUGGAAACUGCAGAUGUAAACAUUAGGUUGACAGUGACAUUGUCAUUAGAAACGUAGAGAUGUCUAUUUCGGUUUCGUUCAGUUUUUGAAUGUUCUUGUAUAACCUUUACUUGUAUAAAUGAUAAAAUUAUUUUUUCACUAAUUAUGUAUUCAGUGAUUACCAUUAUUUAUAUACUAUACAAAUAGUCGAAAAAGAAAAAAGUUGUAAAGUUAUUUUAAUAAUAUACUGUUAGCAUGGAAAGCUUAGAUAAUGGUUGAACAUGUGAAGGGCUGCGUUGUAUAAAUGUAGUAUUAGUCAAUUAAUUUAUAAAGACUUUAUUUAUUUCUUUAUUUGCGUAAAUUAAAAUAUGGGACGUUGUUACAAGAAAUGUGUUACUGAAAAGCGAAGAAAUAGACGGUUAGCUCAAUUGAAGAACUUACUACACAACAGAAGUACCUACUACUGACCUGAAGUAUCUACUACAAAGCGUAGCGCCAGCCGUGUCUGCAUUACACAAAUCGUGAUGGAAUUAGUUUUCCAUGUGCUUGUGAUUUGUGAAUACACAUUUUUAGGUACCAAAUCAUUAGAAUUAUUGUACAUGAGUAAAAAUGAGUGACUCAGAUUCCGAAGCGACAAAAGAGUUAUGCGAGGAUAAAAAUGAACAAUAGUUAUUUGUUAAUCUUAUUCACAAUUAUUACAGUUUAUUUGAUAAAAGAAUGACCCCAAAAAAUACGAAUCUUCUUCUUAGUUUGUAAAUUUUUCUAUGACACACAUUCAUAAAUGCUGCCAUAUUGUAACAAAAAAAUACCUACGCCAAAGACGUCCAUCCACCAACUUCACUUAAAUUGAAGCAAAAUACUAUUAAACAAGCACAUACUUCAAAAGCGUAGUACAUUCUUCUAUGUAUCUCGUAAAUAGUAGCAAAUACUACGGAGAAAAGCAAAUGCUUUGUAAGUGUAGUGAAACCUUCAAAAAUGUAGUUGAAGCAUUAGCAUUUUAUGCCACCAUGGGCACUUUACUUUAUAGCUAAACUCGUACCUAUUUACGGUUAUCGGAACAAACUCUUAUAAAAUAAUACAGACUUGACAUACUUGGAUUUUCCAUAAAUAAUAUAUAAACAAUAAAUUACUUUUUAUUAAUUGUACACCUUAAAUCCAUUAUUAUUUUUCAAAUACACUAUCAAUACUAUUUAAUAUACAACUCUUUGAUUGAUUUUAUUAUCAUCGUAAAAGCGUUAAAAAGCAGUAGCAGAAUCAACUGCUAUAUCAAAAUAGCGGGUCGGACACAUCUCUACUUGUCACUGUCUUGAGUCUUGUCAUAACAUUAUAUUCGACUGAGUGCGUUGUAUGACAAAGAUAGCGAAUGUUCGAUUUGGAAAAUAUCACCCCGGACAUGGUGUCCAUUUUUUUCGAAUCCUGAAAAAACUAAUAAAUAUUUUAAAAAAAUUUAAACACAAAAUGAAAGACUAAAUUAUUAUCGAGGGCCGAAAGUCCCUUAGAAUAUAUAAGAAGUUUUUUUCGAAUAAGAUAUUUGAAAUUAAAAAUCACACUACAUUUUCUCUUAGUUUUUCACCCCUGUAACUUAUUAAAAUAAACAUUAUAGAAGUUUUCAGGGACUUUCGGCCCUCGGUAAUAAUGUAAUCUAGCAUUCUGCGUUUAAAUUUUUCAAAAAUACUUAUUAGUUUUCUCAGGAUUCGAAAAAAAUGAAUCCCCAUUUGAAUAGCAUUGCAGCCGAAAAUACGUACCCAUCCUCUUAAAUUUUCUGGCGAUUAUGUUGAGUUGGUGCAGCAUACGUUGUAAAUCAUCUUCACUUUGAGAGAUUAGUAUUACAUCGUCCGCAUAGCAGAUUAUUUUAAGUUGUUUUUCUAGUUGUUUUCUAGUUCUUAGUUUUUUUAUUAUUUCGUCCAUGAUCAGGUUGAACAAUAAAGGACUCAAGGAAUCCCCCUGUCAUAUCCCAUUGCGGCUUCAAUUGGGUCAGUUAGUUCAUCUUCCACUUUUACUUUUAUUGUGUUGUUCUGGUAGAUGUUUUCUAUCGUUUUAAUUAUUCCCAGAGGUACCUGUACCUCUCUCGAGUAUAACAAGUGAAUAACGUCCUUUAAUGUGACCCUGUCAAAUGCUUUCUUAAGGUCCACGAAACAUAAAUAUGCCGGUUUGUUGUAUUCCAACGAUUUCUCUUGAACUUGCCUCAUUAUAAAUAUUACGUCAGUGCAUGACCUUCCCGAGCUAAAACCUUGUUGUUCUUCUGCUAAUGUUAUAAUUUCAUUCAAUUUGUUUAUCACUUUGGUUGUUAAUUUUAAUGUUGUGUUUAAUAAGUUAAUUCAUCUGUAAUUCUCCGGGCCCGAUUUGUCUCCUUUUUUUGAAGACAGGUAUUAGGAUGCUUGGUCUCCAUUCUUGUGGUAUUCUGUUUUGUUCUAUUAUUUUUUGUAUUAGUUUUAAUAGUUGUUUAGUUAGAUCUUGUCCUCCGUACUUUAGGAGUUCGUUCGAUAUUCUGUCCUCUCCUGGAGAUUUUCUAUUUUUUAAUUUUCGUAAUGCUUCCUUUACCUCUCCCUCCUCGAUGUUUAUUUCUUCGUUUGUCGUAACUUCAGGUGUUGGUGGUUCAUUAUCGUCACCUUUAGCAAAUAGAGAUCGCAAGUAGUGUGCCCAUGUUUCCUUCUGAAUGUUUUUCGCUUUUAUUAAUUCGUUCAUCUCCUUUCUUUGCCCUUUGAUCAUUCUCCAUACUUCUUUGUGUGUUCCGUAGAAGUCGUGUUCCAUCUGUUUUGAGAAACUCUGCCAGUGCUCUCUUUUCAUUUUCCUCACUAAAGUAUUCGUUUCGUUUCUGGUUCGUUUGUAGUGGUUGUAUGCCUGUUGUGUUUGUUUUGUUCUGUAUUGUAACAAGGCUUUCUUCUUUUCUUCGCAUCUUAUCUUAACUUCUUCUCUAAACCACGGGGUUUUCUUCUUUAAUAUGUGAGUAUUCGUUACUUUUCUCUCUCCAAGCGAUUCUGUUGCAGCGUCGAUUAUGUUAUCUUUGAGUUUUUCCAGCUUUCGUCGAUGUUAUCGUUUUCUAAUAUUCCAUUCUCAGCAAUCUUCUCUGAUAUUCUUUUCCUGUAUAAGUAUUCCGUGGAUUCCGUAUGUAGUCCUUCGACUUUGGUUUCUGUUUGUGUUGGUGUUGCCUCUUGGGUGUGAAAUAUUUCAUAAUGAUUCCUAUUUUACAUAAUACUAGGCUAUGGUCGCUGCCUACAUCUGCUGAGUUUAGGCAUCUUACGUCGAUUAUUUUUGAUGGUAACAAAACAUUUGCAGUACAAAAUUAUAAUGUAUUUUAAAGUCUUGCUUCCCUGCAGUUAACGGUAAAAGGGUACCCCAUUAUUUCGUUCUUGUUCAAAAUAAUCUAUCAAAGAAGCAUUUUAAUUUGGCAUAAUUCUAACACAAUCACAAUACACAACAAUAAUUACAAUAGUUUUUAAAUUAAGCUAUAAUUUAAUAUGUAGGUAAAUAUUUCUACUAUAAAUAAACACACAAUUUUACUAUAAAUUGGUAGCAACCAACGAUGUAAAAUUGUAGCAACAGUGAACUGUCAUUAGUCAUUAGAGUUUGAAUUGUUUUCAUUUCAUAUCAGUAGCCUACGAUUGUCUAAUAUAUUUAAAUAAAAUUAUUAUUUUCUGGAGUAUUAAACUUUAGCAUUAGGGAACUUAUAUAAAAUUUUAAAUUCGAAAAAAAUGUUAUAAAUCACAACAGAACAUAAUUUAAAACAUGUAUCAAAGAUAAAAAAGUUUUGUUUCUUUCGUUUGGCGCCUAAAGACGAUUAAAAAUUCAACUUAUACCAGCCAGCUCAAAACGCGUGGGGACGUCACGGGGUUAUAUGUUUACAUUCGUAAACAAAAUGGUAUAUAAAAUUGGACAUUAAUAACGUCAGUAGAAAAUACAGUUAUGUGACGUUACAAGUGUUUUUGAUCGUUUUAACUAUUCAUAGAAAACUUGUACUUUUACGGUUAUUUAAUUAAUAUAAUUCUAAAAUUCUCAAUGUAUAUAUAUGUUCUGUGUGGGUGUCGUAUAGCUGUGAUAGAGAAAUGUCAAUUUAAAAGUUGAUGUUUAUUUACGUUAAUUAACAUUACAAAUAUUUCGGCGUAUUAUUAAUAUAUUUCGGCAAGAAAUGAAGACCGAUUGACACCAUUAAUUAGAAUAAAUAAUUAUAAAUAUUAUUUGUAUAGUAAAAAACAAAGAAAAAUAUCUCUGACAAGUAAUGACACAAGCAUGGAUAUGUUGAAAAGUCACAUUCUAAUUUUUUGGCAGUGCUCUGACGUAAGAAAUUUUGACUGAUCCUUUAACUUAAAAAUUUUCAACAAUAGAAGUCAUAUGUGAAAAAAAUGUAGUUACAUAUAAGUAAUGUUAAUUACAAUGACGAUAUUAUUAUAUGGUUUAAAGACUACGUCCUCUCUAUCCAGGGGACACCUUCGGAACUUAUGAGCGCGACCACAUUUCCAGGCAAUUUUUCCUUGAGUUUCUCUCCUGUUCCUAUAAGUUAUAAUUUGGUAAUUGAAUUUUUAUUUUUUUUUUUUUCGGUGGGUACUCAAAUCUAAGUAAUCAAGCAUAAAUAACGGGAAAACGAAGCAUUUUAAAAAAUAUACUUAUUAAACAUUUGUCAAAGUAUUCAGGAUUACCUUUGGAAUGAACUCUAGAAGUUGAUAUUUAGCAUCAAAAUGAAGCAAAUUAUGAUGAAAGUGAUAGGACCCUUUCGAUUUUUUUAGGAAAAAGAGAAAAAUAAAACGCACGGCAUUUCCACAAAAAUUAAAAUUUAUAGUAGCCACUAUAAGACAUUCUUUACUUUAGCAUAAGUAAUGACCUCAAACAUUUUGACCGGUUUAGAAUGAAUGUUUUGGAAAAUAAUAUGUCAAGUCAUAUUCAGGAAUACUUAUCAAUUGAGCUCCAGAAGAUGUUGUCAAAAUUAAGCAAGUUAUGAUUUUUUUAGGAAAAAGUGAAAAAUAAAACACACGAUAUUUCCACAAAAAUUUAAAUUUAUGAAAGUAAUCAUAAGACUUUCUUUACUUUAGCAAAGUAAUGAGCUCAAACAUUUUGUCCGGUUUAGAAUGCAUAUUAUGAUAAAAAAAUCAGAAUUUUUCAAAUUUUCGUAAUUUCAUUUUCUUUUGAUAAUAACUACAAAAAUACUCGAUAUACGUAAAAAAUGAUAGAGAACGAAAUUUGAGUUUUUUUUAUUUAGCUUAAUGCCUCGACAACUGAUGGCAAUUGACGUGGUACAGUGGAUUUUUCCAAUCAGGUACCCAGUGUAUGUAGUGUAUGUGUUGAGUAAGUGUCUUGUUAAUUAGCAAAGUCGACGUCACUGUCUUUGCAAAGAGACGCUUAUUGUAUCCGAACGUCUGCGGUCCCUUCGGUGAAUACCGAUCUCACAAUUUUUAAUAAACGUUGAGUUUUUUUGUUAGCAAAGAAUUAAGUUUUUUUUAUUAUUUUUGUAGGAUAAGAAAAUAACUGAGAUAUAAAUGUUUAAGGCCUAUAUUUUACUGCUAAAAACCAUGUAACCGGGAAAAACCAUUUUCUUUAGAAAAUAAGGGAUUUAACAUAUUAAAUUUAAUACGAUUUUAUAGCACUUGGAAUCACCUUUCAAAAGUUUUUUUGAUCAACCUGAUAUCAUAAAAAUUAACGGAGUUAUUCUAAAAAAAAACGGAAAAAUUUUUGGAGCAUAAAUUUUAAUGCUAUCAACUUCUUCUGGAGCUCAGAACACAUGUUCUGAUAAUUUGUGGUACUGGUUUACGAAGUAUGUGUUAUAAAAUGCAUCGUUUUUCCCGUAAUUUAAGCAUGAAUACUUGUUGUCACUUUUGUUUCUUGAAGUAUCGUCUACCCACUCACCAAUUUUCAUGAAAAUCGAUGGAGCUUUACCGAAAUCGGAGGUAUUAUGUAGUUGAUUUUUACCUUCAUACACCAAAUCAAGUGUUGGUAAAGUCCCACUAGACAUCAGAAAGAUCUGUGAUUUUAUUUUAACGUAUUGUAAAAAAAUGCAUUAAGAUAUUCUAGUAUCCUACAUUUGUUUCCUUGCAAGCUCUGCUGUUUGUUGAUUUCUUGAACCUUCAACCUUGUAUCAGUAAUAAGAAAAAGACUGAUUAAAAUGAGCACAUUUGUUACAAAAGACAAAGUCAAAAAGGAUAUUUUUUUAAAAGUGUGUCUUCGUGGCACCUGUUUUUCUCUCAUAUAUUUUGUUCAUAAUUCUUAUCAAUUUUUUUUUAUUUAUAUUAUGUCAAGUUGAAAGUUGCUUUCAAGAUACCUCAUUUAAAUCAGUUUUUAAAAAUAGAAAAGUAGAAAUUAGUUCUUUAAUAGUUACCAUAGUUAAAGUUUUUUUGAUAAUUAAGAAUUUCUGUUUGUUACAUUUGACAUUUAUUUUUUUAUUAAUAAAAUCUUAAAUUCGA